AUGUGUCGUCCACUUGCCGGUGAUGCGGUGCUCGAAGAUAGGCCGCCUUCGAGAACAUCUCCCGAAUGCCCCUUCGCCAUUCGUCAGCUAGACCAGUCGAGCUAUCUGAUUCGGGAGAACGAUAGCUUUGGCGAGCAUCCACACAUAUAUGCGAAGAUCUUCAUACAACCAGAUGGUCAAGGAGUUAUCGUCUUGAGCGAUACCGGUGUUGGCACGAACACCAGCAAACGGAACAUCUGGACUCUUCUCGAAUCAGCUAUCAAUCCUGGCUCUAAACUCCCAUACCUCGUGAUCUUAUCCCACUGUCACUACGACCACAUAUUGGGGCUAGGCCAGCUGCCAUCGAACGUUGAUGUAAGCGUUGUCGCAUCAUCCUACGCGCCCUCCUUCAUUACACCUUAUUCAAAAUUGCAACAGCACUCACUAUGCGACUUCUACAGCCUGGCAGCACCUCGGUACGAAAUUUCCAUAUGGGCUCAUGACCAGGAGCGGCUAAGCUUCAGGGACCUAGAUCUCGACCUUGAUAUUCGCCUCCUCCACACUCCAGGACACACGCCCGAUAGCCUGAGCUGGUACCAUUCGAAAUCAAGAACAUUAUUCGUGGGUGACAGCUUCUAUCAGCAGACCUCUUAUGAUACUCGCACUGCACCGUGGGGCGAAGAGAAAUCCGCGCCAAUCAUCUUUACUCCAGAGGGCAACAUCUUUGACUGGUGGGGAAGCUUGAAGACGCUGAUUGCCUUUGUCGAGCACGAGAACGAAACGGCGGAUACCGAGCGACCGCUCGUGAGACUCGGUGCUGGCCAUGUCACAGCAUCCGCUGAGGCAUAUGGCUUUCUCCUCCGAGUGCGUGCGUUUGCUGGUCGAGUUAUGCGCGACGAGAUUCACUCUGAGCGAAUGCCAGAUCGGCAGGGUUUGCAAGUGAGGCACUGGAAGGAAGACAAAGAUGACCGGACUGCCGAGUUCAGUCUUGUCGCACCACUCAAGCUCGUUGAUGAUGCCCGCCGCCAGAUCCCGAAAGAUGAAUGGCAGUGA